AUGCCAUCCUACGCUGAUGAUGAUGAUGCCAUUGAUUAUGAAAAUGAAAUGCCUGAUUUCCAGGAUGAGGCUGAAUUCGAUGACUAUUUAAAUGAUGAAGAGUUUGAUUUAAUGAAUGAGUUAUUCCCUAAGGCCAAAAAGGAGAUGCAAGAGUACCAAGGUUGGGAUAACCUUGCUGUGAAACUGGCGAUAUUCGAUGCGGAUUUUAAUCUUGAUGAAGCCCUUACUGAGUUGAGGAAAGCGUACAAGAAGAAGAAGAAGCAGCCAAUAGCUGCAGCGCAACCGUUAAACCCCCCAAAUGGUAUGUAUUUUGCUUGGAGAUUCGAACAUUUUAUCAUCGCAUAG